CUGUGUUAUCUUGACUAUAAAUUUACUUCAAAUAGAGUGCGUCUCUAUCAAAAAGCGUCCACAAAUCUAAAAGCAGAAGAAGAAAAAUGAAGAAAACAAUUAGCAACCUCGAUUUAUCUAAACCUCUGAACAAUGACUUGAUCUUUGACAAAGUCAGGUGCAAACCAAAGAUACAAACGUUUCGAAAUCAGCGGUUAAGACCCAUAGCAAGCCUUAAAACAAUCAAUCCCAAACAGAUCUGUGUAAACAACAAAAUAGUAAAGGGUACCAAAAAUGUUGCAAUUCCUGAGGAUUCUUGAAUUCAAUCAAAUAAGAAGCAGAAUUAUUUUAAGAAACCUAUCAAGUUCAAGUGUCCAAAAGCCUUAAAAUCGAACAUGCCAAAUCUGAAAUGGCAGAACAAGCCUCAUAGACCAAGUUUUGCACCCUCUUGGAUAAAUAAAACUCUAUAAAAUGACUGAGAAGAGAAACCACUCCAGUCAAGGCAAGACACAAAGGCAGAAGCAUUUCAACUUCUUGGAUCACAGUCAGAGGCAGACAGUACAUUCGCCAGACUCACCUACAUGGUGUAAAAUCAAUGUUGAACAUGAAACCAAUCUUCAAAGACACUCCAGAGUCAAUUUCACACAGAAUCAAGAAUUUUCAAAGAGCAGGAUGAGCAUAUCAGACAACCAUGGAUAUUGAAGCUAUAAAGGCUGAAAUGUCUAAAAGAUCUUUAGAUAGAGUCCAUGGAUAAAUGUUUAGGCCUUUUACAAACAACUCUGUAAGUUAAUUAAAUG